AUGGAUGAAGCGGCACUUGCAAUCACUGAAGACAAUCUUGAAUUGGCCACAAAUUUUGUCGUGAAAACAGCAUGUGAAAAAGCGACACCAGAAAUGGAUAAGCGUCUGGAAGCAGAAUUCGGUAUGCGGAAGCAGUAUCGCUUAGAAGGCCGUCAGUAUGUUGAUCCGGUUGCCCUGGCACGAGCGCAACAAAUGCCCGAAAAGAUUCGACUUCGUGUGGGUGGCGUUACUGCGCGGCAAAUGACUGUUUAUGAUGAAUUUUCGAGCCGAAUCUGUGGUUUCAAGCCAACGACAGCCGAGGAUAUGAUUGUAGACUAUGGCAAAACAACAGUACAACAGGUAAACAGGCAGAGCCCACCUGCAAAUUGUGCCUGUAAUUUGCACCGUCUUGGCAUGGACAAGGAAGUGGAGCAGUUCGUGCAGCAAUUACAAAUGCUCGUGCAUGACAUCGACUCGGUCAUGACAGCGUAUGGCGUGCCGCACUAUCGAGCUAGUGCAGCGAUCACCAAUAUUCGCGAUGCGAUAUCGCAGUUGGCGUCAAAUCCACGCGAGCCAAUCCAAAUGCAUAACUGCGUACAGCGUCUUGUUGAGCAGUUGCUGUGCUCAUAUAAAAAUCCUGACAUCCCUCAGCAGCAUCCAAUGCGUGAGUUCUUUUCACAAGUCUUGUUGUGCAGAUGCUUUGUUCAGUUACUUUUGAGUCACAGUAACGCAGACUUUCUCAUCAUGUCGAAAAGAAAUUCAGUAGCGAGUAAAGAAACAAUAAAUGAGGCUGCGUGCUGGUUCUGGUAA